GGAAUAAUCUCCAUCUCUUAAUGCCCAAAAGCCUUUAAUUCCUUUUUUCUUUCUUUCUCCCCUUUACCAGGAGCAACCAGGCCUCUGCCUUAUUCUGCCAAAUUAUUAUUUUCCCCAAAAAAAAAAUGUCCACCUCCAUUUUCCUCCUUUGGCUUGUUAGCAUCCCUCAAACAAUUCAUGCCGCCAUUAAUGUUAAUCAACCUCAAGGUUUCCUCUUAAAUUGUGGUGGAAAUGAAAAAACCAUACAAGAUUCACUUACAUAUGGACCGGAUGAUAGGUUCAUAAAAACAGGGAAUAAAACAGAGAUAAAACAAGAAGGUUUAGUGCCAUUAUUGUCCUCUGUUCGUUAUUUCCCGGAUGAUGCUGAAGAGAAAUUUUGUUAUAAUUUCCCAGUGAACAAAGGGAGGAAAUUGAUUAUCAAAACUAUAUAUUAUUAUGGAGGUUUUGAUGGAGGCACCGAGCCACCAAUAUUUGAUCAAAUCAUUGAUGGUACAAAGUGGAAUAUUAAUACAUCGGCGGAUUAUGCAGAUGGCCUUAGCUCUUAUUAUGAGGUUGUUAUGGUUGCUCAUAAUAAGGUUUUGAGUAUUUGUCUUGCUAAAAAUGAGCACACAACUUCCAACCCUUUUAUCUCAGCAAUUGAAGUGUUGUAUCUUGAUGAUUCCCUUUAUAAUACUACUGAUUUUGGGAAAUAUGCAUUGGUUACUCUUGCUCGUCAUAGCUUUGGAUCUCAUGAUAAACUAACCUUUCCAGAUGACAAAUACAAUCGACAUUGGGAUCCACUAGUAGACAACAAUCCAGUUGUAACAAGUCAAGCCUCGGUAACUCCAACAACAUUUUGGAAUAUGCCACCAGAGAAGGUGUUUGAAAAUUCAGUGACAGCCAGUAGAGGGAAGUCUCUUGUGGUAAAUUGGCCAAAUUUUCCACUUCCUAAGACUUAUUACUACCUUGCUUUGUACUUCCAAGAUAACAGAACCCCAAGUCCGUAUAGCUGGAGAGUUUUUGAUGUCUUAGUGAAUGGAGUGAAAUUCUUUAGCAACCUUAAUGCCACAACCAGUGGUGUAACUGUUUAUAGCACAACUUGGCCUCUUGAAGGGGAGACGAAGAUCACAUUGGUUCCCGCUAAUACUAGUCCUGUUGGUCCGGUAAUUGCUGCUGGUGAACUCUUCCAACUUUUGCCUCUUGCUGGAAGAACUCUCACUAGAGAUGUAUCAGUGAUGAACGAUUUAACAAAAAGCUUUAACAAAAAACCUCAAGAUUGGCAUGGUGAUCCAUGCCUUCCGAAGGACAAGUCAUGGAGUGGAGUAAUAUGUUCUUCUGGCAUGAACACACGAAUCAUCUCCCUGAAUUUGACGAAUGCUGGAAUUUCUGGAUCAUUGCCACCAAGCAUAUCUAAAUUAACUGCACUCAGUCAUCUGUGGCUCGGAAGCAAUGAACUGACAGGUCAAAUACCUGAUUUAAGCUCAUUGCAGAAUUUAGAAACUCUGCACUUGGAGAACAACCAGUUGGAAGGAUCAAUCCCUGAAUCGUUAGGAAAACUACCUAAACUUCGAGAAGUGUUUCUCCAAAACAACCGUCUCAAAGGGAGUGUUCCAGGAAGCCUAAGAAACAAGAAUGGCAUAAACCUUAAGGUGUCGCCUGGAAAUGAAGUAUCAAGUUAGGGACUGGCGUAACAAGAGAAUUAAAUGAAGAACUACCAGAACUUGUUACAUACUUCUGAAAGUAGACAGAGUUAUUCGGGACCUCACAUGAGAAACAGAAGUUAUAA